AUGUGUCCUGACUACCAAGAGGCGGCCACACUUGUGAACGAGGAUAUUUUGUCCAAGUGUUGGCAAUGGCAGCUAAAUGGUGCGGAUGAAGGGUCUGUUACAGUAACGAGCUCCACAGACUGUGCGAUGACGGUUUCCAGAGUGACAAGAGUGACGACUGACGCGUUGUCCCCGUGGUCAGCAGCGUGUGCUAUGUUAAAAGGCCGCUUCUUCGCAGCACAGUUCCACGUGAUAAGAUUGUGCCGCGGUAAGAGCUCUAGGUAUGGGAAGAUCUGGGCAGCAGCUGUCUUGGGCAUGUUGACCCCAGCAUGCGUAAGCCUGCAGUACAAAAGGCCCAUCCCAUCUUGGGAGCAAUGCGUGUAUAAUAUACAGAUGGCCAAGAAGAAACGAGGAAGCGUCGGAAGUCUCUGGAAUCUGGCAGGCGCCAAACGAAAGACGGCGAAGGAAUCUGCUUUUCUCUUUUCCGCACCAGCCAAGAUUCGAGACCAGCCAAAGGGAAAGCGAAAUGAGAAGCACCAGAUGAGAAUCGUGAAGAAAAGCUUCUAUUAA